GGAAUGCGGUCGCCCCCCUGGGAAAGUACAUAUCAGAGAGCAGCAGGCAGCUCCGCGCUCGCACUCCGCCUCGGCCACCCCACCGCGCUCGUGUCUUCGCUCUCUCCGCUGCCUAAGGGCCCCUCACCACCGCCACCAUGGACGCCAUCAAGAAGAAGAUGCAGAUGCUGAAGCUCGACAAAGAGAACGCGUUGGAUCGAGCAGAGCAGGCGGAGGCUGACAAGAAGGCGGCGGAAGACCGGAGCAAGCAGCUCGAGGAGGACAUCGCAGCAAAAGAGAAGCUGCUGCGGGCGUCGGAGGACGAGCGGGACCGGGUGCUGGAGGAGCUACACAAGGCGGAGGACAGCCUCCUGGCUGCCGACGAGACCGCCGCCAAGGCUGAAGCUGAUGUAGCAUCUCUGAACAGACGCAUCCAGCUGGUUGAGGAGGAGUUGGAUCGUGCUCAGGAGCGUCUGGCCACAGCUCUGCAGAAGCUGGAGGAGGCUGAGAAGGCCGCAGAUGAGAGUGAGAGGGGCAUGAAAGUCAUUGAAAGCCGAGCCCAAAAGGAUGAAGAAAAGAUGGAAAUUCAGGAGAUCCAGCUGAAAGAGGCCAAGCACAUUGCUGAAGAUGCUGACCGCAAAUAUGAAGAGGUGGCCCGUAAGCUGGUCAUCAUUGAAAGUGACCUGGAACGUGCAGAGGAGCGGGCUGAGCUCUCGGAAGGCCAAGUCCGACAGCUGGAAGAACAAUUAAGAAUAAUGGAUCAGACCUUGAAAGCAUUAAUGGCUGCAGAGGAUAAGUACUCACAGAAGGAAGACAAAUAUGAGGAGGAGAUCAAGGUUCUUUCUGACAAGCUGAAAGAGGCUGAGACUCGGGCUGAGUUUGCAGAGAGAUCAGUAACUAAGUUGGAGAAAAGCAUCGAUGACUUAGAAGAGAAAGUGGCUCAUGCCAAAGAAGAAAACCUUAGUAUGCACCAGAUGCUGGACCAGACCUUGCUGGAGCUAAACAACAUGUGAAAACCUCCUUAGCUGCGGCCACACUCUUUCAUUUCUCUCUCCUUGUUUUAUUUUGUUUUUAAACACCUGCUUCCCAGGGAACUCCUUCGAUGCAUUUUUAUAUACUUUUAACCACUGUCACCGAAACAACUGCAAAGAACCAGCUAGGGCAGGGGUGGGAAAGACACACAGAAAGGCAAGCCCAGUCUGGGGCACUUAAACUUAACCGUGCCACUUCCGGGGUUGACAUCGCCACACUUCAUAGCGUUUAGGCAUGCAGUCUGCUUAGCCAGGGUAGGAAGCCUCACAAGCAAACAGAAAGAUUUCCAGCCAGAGUGCCAAGGUGGAGGCAGAAGGAGACUGAUGUUGGAGACAAUCAGGUGCGGGUUGGUGCUACUUGAAACAAAAGGAACCCUGGGGGUCUUUUGUUCGAUGUUAUACAAUUAGAUUUCUCUCCAACACUAAUUUAUUUUGUUUUUAGUUUUACUGCUUUGAAACAAGACUAUGGGUUUCUUACGCCUGUGUUCCUUAAAGUCAAGGGUCUGGAAGCCACACUGGUCUUUUUAAGAGUCCCAUUCCUUCCAACUGACACACUUGCAGCCCCUUCCAGCUCAUCAGGGGGAGCAUUCAGUGUGCAUUGCCCCGCUUUCCAGUUCUCCAUGUCAGGGUAAAAGAUCUAGGCACUACAUACAUAAUUGGUAAAGGCAUUUUCUUAAGAAUUAUAACUAUAUGUAAACAUUGUAUAAUGAUAUGGAAUAAAAUGCACAUUGUAGGACA